AUGUUCUGCCAAAAGGAUACUGACCUUGCUUCUCCAACUUCGGAGGAGAUGGCCAUCAUUCAAGACGGUCUGACUGACGCAUUUGAGGAUCUUGUGUCUCACGACGUCGAGAACCGGUCUUGGGACGUGGAAAGCGAUCUAAGUGCUUCAUACGAUUGUUUUUACCAUUGCCACCAACGCAUUCGAGACCUGGUAGACCUCAAUGGGCAGAAGCAGACAGGCUAUUCAAUCAAGGUCUUGUCACGAACAAGGGCUUCAGCAAAGUUAUUCCGACCAGGUGAAGUAAUUAUUCGAAAUCUGGAUGGAGUUCCCCACGCAUACAUGGUUGAGGAGGUAGAAUGGCGAUACGACGAUCAGAUUACACACAGCAGCUGGACACUGGAGUUUGACGGGAGAUUUCGUCGUCAGCAUAUUCGGAUAGUCGUUGACGGGAUCGGCGAGGAUGACGACGCGGUUGCUGUGAAAAGCAUGGAAGCUUUGCCGCUACGUUUGGACAAAGACGGCCUGCACGACCACCUGGAGAAAGAGGCACCGAGGGAGUCCCAAAUUCUUGGUAGACGUGGAUCACAUCGAACCUUGCAUCCAGAUAGGUAUCUUGAGUACAGGGUCGAUGGGCACGAGGACGUCGACAUGUUAAAGAAAGAACCUUCAACUGGUGCAUUUCGACUGCUUAUGCCCGCAAAGAUUCCAGGUUUCGCUUUCCAUGACAAGAAGUGGCGGAGUCUGCAAGUCGACUUCAUCCGGCCGGUACGAUGCAAUGAAAACGCUUUCAACCACCUCGUGCUUAAGGCAAAUAAAAAGGAGUUGAAUCAAGCUCUAGUCACCGUCCCCCUGGAAAACAAUCAAGCAACAGGCGUUAUUGAGGGCAAAGGGGUGGGACUCAUAAUGUUACUUCAUGGGCCUCCUGGUACCGGCAAAACUCUCACUGCAGAGACUGUCGCUGAACUGGCGAACAAACCGCUGUAUCGAUUUACUUACGUGAACAUUGGGGCUGAGGCUGAAGGCGUCGAGAAAUACCGCGAGUCGGCCCUCUAUCUAUGA